AUGCAUCCUGUCCAGUGGUGUAGCGGUAAGUGUCUGGAGGUUGUUUACUCCUUUUGUUUGCACUUUGAAAUCAUAUAAGGAGUGAUGACAACCACUGGAUUGAUGUUGAUGAGAGAUUUGAAGUCGAGUUUUCUUUUUUUGGCUGCUGUCAUCCUAUCCUUUGAGCUUUAAGUGACAAUAUCUAUAUGAGAGGAUAUGGAUAAACACAUUGCUACAACUAUAUCCUGAUUGAAUGGAAGCACAUUUGAAGCAUACUUUGCUUUUUUCACUAUUUUACGCAAUCAGGCUAGAUUUUACAAAAUUAACAUCAGGAUGCUUCAAAUUAGAGAUUGACAUCAUUGGGGCGAUGUUGACUGAGUAAUUACACAAAGUUUGAGGUGGGUUCAUUCACUCGUAGACUAAGACAGUUUUGUGACCAAGUGCCCCCCUGCUGGCCACCAGAGAGAACACACAUUUAAGGCUACUCCUCGCUGGCUUUGCUCCAGCAGUGCCAAAAAAGUGGCCAAUGGCAUGCCAUGCCAUAUGGUGGUUAAAUCAGCCAUGAAUGCUGGUAGCUCUGUAGUGUGUAGCACGGCCAAGAGGGCCACCAGCUUGGCACCCCACUACUGUUUUUGGUUUGAAUAACAACAGAAGAGAGGCAAGGAUGAGGCAAAGUUUGACUUUAUGGUUAACAAGAGAAACUUUUGCGCUGUUCUGAUUAUGGCACACCUAACAAGGUUGUUGCUUUGUAAAUUAUGCCAUAAGUUUCUCUUGACAAAGACCAUCCUGCUCUCUAACACCAGUCAAAUGUAUCACUCAUGGUGUUUCUUUGCUGUUGAUAGUGUAAAAAAAAAGGCUGUAUUGGCCUUUAAUCACUUGCCCUGACAUCUACCCACUUUACCAGCAUUAGCACAACUGAAAAACAGCAACACAUAAAAAAUCCUUUUUCUUGUUGAUGUUCUUGUUUGAUUGUAAAGUUGCAUAUUGGUAUCAACUUCGCUUUGUUAUACAAUCGGAUAAAAGAUAACAACUAAAACUAAAUUUAAAAAACUAAAUCAAGGACUCAGAUAGAUAAGGCAUAACAAGAUUUGUUGCACAUUCCAUGAUAAUCCUGCACACCAGUAAAGAAGUCAAAGUAAUGUGGCUGUGUCUGGUGGUUGACCUGACUCGCCACUGUAACAGUCAUUAGCAUGUUUACAUCAUAACGUACCACCAAACACUAAUGCAUAUCAUAAAUAAACCUGUCAGUGAAUGUCAGAGCCUGAUUCACACUUUUGUACUGAACCUGUCACCAUAGGCUUAUAUAGCCCUGUACCUUUGCGAAGGCCUGCACACAUCUCCUCUAAAAUGUGGCUACCCGUUGAAACAAUGCAUGUCCUGUGAUUUGUUCUUUGGGUAGUGUUAUAUUUCUUGCAUUAACAACAUUUCAGAAAUCCCUACCUACACUGAUUUAGCGGCCUCACAUGCCAUCUCCUUCAUUGUCUUUUGAUCUUUGCAAGUAUUUCAAUAUGAUCGAUAUCUCAAAAUCCCCAUGGUUUCCUGUGCAAAAACAAGUACACUAAGUAGCAGAACUGGAAAUUGUCAAUAUUAUUGGCACAGAAAUAGGACUGCUACCAAGUGUUAAGGUUUGGUAUUACAGAGUCAUGCAGAUGCUACAAUUUUAUCACUUCAUGCGUCAACAGAAUGAAGUGUUCAGUGUAGGUGUUGUUCAGGGUCAGUGCAUAAGAAUGAACCAGGCUGAACUCAUGGCCAUAUAGAAAGCAACAGGUUAUCUAUUCAAAGCAUUUCCUCUAUGCAAAGCUUUCUUUGGAAUGGGAUUCCAUUUUAUUUAGUAGCCAUUAUAUUACUGAGGCUCAUUAUAGUGGCUUUCCUGUUAGCCUCGCCACCUGCUUGACCAAAGUAUUUUUGUGGACAUAGAAUAGAAAGCUUUGUGAACAGUGAACAAACAAAUAAGACCAACGAUUUAAACAAUCAUAAGACAACAUAAUGGAGAUCUCAAACAAACAUACUUUCAAAACAUAUGUACUGGCAUCACUAUGCUGGGUUUAAAUUUGCAGUAGGGGCAAAAUAUGUGAGGUAACAUCCAGGCAGAAUACCAUUAAGGAGUCUGGCAAAUGCCACUGGCCCCCAUUGGUAUGGGGUAUGCCAAAUACUCCUGAUGUACUGCACGUGACAAACCAUUGGCCACUUUUCAAUCUUUUUUUCACUCUUCAGCUUUUUAAACCCAGCAUUUUUCCCUCUUCAUAUCAAGUUUCAGUCAUUAACAGCUGUUUUUUAUCGUAGCUGGCUGAAGUGAUCCAUUCCAAAGUUUAAAAACCUUUGACACAUAUUCGUCAUUUAGAUCUCAAUAUAUACAUAACCCCGGCUAAGACAUAUCAGAAUUUCCCUGCAAGUUACAUCAAACUGUGUGAUGUGACUUUUUGAUUUCUGUACUAGAUAGCUGCAGUUCAAAUGCAAAAUUUACUCACGAAUGAAGUUAUACUAUCUGUGUAUUGCAGAAGAUAGGCUGAAUGCAUGCCAAAAUACAUCACUUGUUAAAUUUUAUCUGCAAGUUAAAGACAUGACCAAGGAGAACCAUUCAUUUUGCAUGAUUUAUAUAAAGACAUAACAACAAAUACAGUUUUAUAACCUCAUUUUAAGACAGUUUUAUCAGAUGUCUUCCAAACAAAACACAUCCAACCAAAGCUUGUGUUUUCUUGGGUACAGUCCUGUCCAGACUGCAUACAUUUGCCAGCCUUUCAGGUCUCCACUAUCAAUGAUUUACUAACACUGUGCUUAGAUUACAGCUGCCUUCUCCUUCACCCAAACCCUACCUUACUCCACUCCACCUUCACUGUAACACUCAAAGACUGCUCUCUCCUGCUGUGACCUCAACCCACUGCAAAGACUGAUUUUUGAACCAGGAAGGUAGACACUGAGGUAUUAGAGCGAAGAGAACUUCUGCAUUUUAUGGCUCGUGUUUCAUUUUAAGCGCCUCAGGAAGGAAAAUACUUCUUUCGAUUUAAAGCCCAAACUCCAGUAAAUAACAAUGUAACUUAGGCCAAGAAGUACUGUAAGUGGAACAAAUUCCUGAGUGACGCAGCAUUGGUAGUAUAAAAGUUCACCUGAAAGUGCUCUCAGACUUGGGAGAUUUUGAUAGUAAAGAGCAGAAGAAACAAAACCCAAAGUUCAUCAUUAAUAGACUCUUUCUUUGAGUUGGUGCCUAAUUACUUUAGAUUUAUGCCAUGAAGAUUUGAAAUUACAGUAUGUGUAUUGCAGGUGGAGCUUUUGCACAAAGCCACUUACAAAGAGAGCAUUCAUACCAUGUAGGAACAAGAGCUGGAUAUGAUCCAAUGUUUGGAGAGUUUCCCUUGUAGACCAAUAACUAAAAGCAUGCCCUGUACACUUGGCCUGAAUUAUUUCAUAAGCUGGGACACUCUGUACAUACAUUAUACAAGUUAAAAGUUUAUGAAGUCGACUUUUGUUCAAAUGCCACAAAAAGACGCCAAAAGUUAUUCCACUCGCACACAAUCGUUAACCUCCAUUGAUUAUUUUUCUUAUUGCACCAUCUUUACACUCAUGUCUUACCUUUCACCGCUUUUUACCUCCCACAGUGAAAGCAAUAAUACACUGCAAUCUGACACACAAGGCUCCACACAUGCAGUGUGGAGCAGCAGCAUGUGUGUCAGGUCUUACUCAUACACACAAAGGUCCUAAAAUCCAGCCCACGGCCUCACUAUAGGAGGUGGACCAAGACAAAGUAGAGGACUGCCAGGCAGAGUGAUGUAUGAUGGGAUAUGUUUGAAAACAACAGUGACUGGAGUCUGAGAACAGAAAAUAUAUGUAACAAACCCACUAUGAAAGACUUCAAGGGCCUGACUCUGUUCGACCUUUUGGUUGACUAAGAGUGAAAGCGAUGACUAUCAACCAGGCUGUCUUUAUUUGAAGAGCAGCAUGGACAGUUAUUGACUUUGUGACCUGAAAAAGCUCUAAACCCAACAUUGACUUAUUUACUUAUCAUUGAGUCGUCAUAGAGAACCUGUUAGACAGUCGGGCUUGUUUACAAAUCCAGAGCACAUGAACAUAAUGAGCUUAAAAAAUGAAGACAUGCAUGCUUAAAACUCCUCAGUCCCUAUUUAUUAAAUAGCCUAUGGGUAUACUUAGACAUCAGGGUGCAGCAGGAAAUAUUCAGGAAAAUUCAUGACGAGUGUGAAGGUGUGGUGAUGACAUUUAGAUCAUAUUGUAACUGCGAGUGACACAACAGAAAGAAUGAAAAACAUCUUAAGUAGAAGUAGAAUCACUGUCAAGACAAAAGCAGCAAUCAGUACAUUCACGUGCAUGAAAUGUUGGAUAAAGCUUCUGAAACUAAAGUACUUCCUUUCAGCUAGUUACUACUUUGCUGUUUCCAGGCUGACCUGUUUGUCAUGUACCAAAACAAUCGACAAACACAUAAGCAAGAGCUGACAACGUUAUACAUGGAAAAAUGAAAAUGCGGAUAACCUCACAGAUCUGUACUCCUUAUACAUACAAUGCAACGGCUUUAUCUUUUUUAUGUCACUUCUUUUUCUGUUUGGAUUUGUUUACUACUUGGUGUGAACUUCUCGUUCAACGCUCGGUGUGUGAACUCAAACCCUCAAGUCAGUUUAAGACCAAUGUAAAUGUUAAAGAGGAAAUUGACCCCGAUCCACAAUACCUUAGUAUGUCAGUCUGACCAUGAGAAGUUAGAUAAACCAGUCAGGCGAAUGCGUUCACACAGAUUUCAAAGGGCAGUUUUAUUCAGGACAAUUCAAUCAGUAGAUUUUUUGAACAGCACGAUGUCGGCACAUCUUUGUUUACAGACACCAUUGAUAUAAAUGCAAAAACUGUAAUAAUGGUGUAGGUCCCGGUCAAAUUAACAAAUAAUGAAUUAGUUGAUUACCAACAUUGAGAAAAAAAAUUAGCAAAUGUAUUGAGAUUAUUAUCCCAACAUUGAAGUAAGACCUCUCUACAUUUGCUGGUGUUGAGAAUGAAUCACUGUUGUUGUGGAGAUCAAUCAGAAUCAGGUUUUUCACAGCCAGGUAAUAAGAGACAGAUGUACAGUAGUUUAAUCUCUUGUUUAUACAAGGAGUUUUACAGAGCUUUAAUCCAACCUGAACCUCAUUCUCUGUAACAAGUUGAAGAGCUGAUGUAAACUGUCAAACCAGUUUUGUGUAUGUAGGUCAGUAGGAGUUGAGUAGGAGUUUGAGUAACAAGUGGCAGAAAGAGUUAUUAAGUAGCUCUGUAAUCAAAUUACUAAUAUGAAUAAGUAAUAAAUCACAUGGCAGCAUGUCUUGAAACAUUUAAUGGAUUCACAUUCUUUACAAACUAUGUUUUAAACAACAUUAACCCACUUAAUGUGGAGCCUCGUCCAUUUUUCUUUGUGACCUCCUCUGAGUUUCCAAAUGUCACAUGAUGUAAACCACAUUCCUGACAUUACAGUCAACUGACUGCAGCUUUGUCCGCUGAAACCAUGCACGUAAAGAAAAUGGAAAUACUCACAUUUAUACGAUCAUUUGCAAACAUGAGUGUGCGUUUGCAUUAGGAUCAAUAUUUAUCUCCAUGAGAGCAUUGUUCUUUGUGUGAGGACAAAGAUGAUGAAAAACAUGUCUGGUUCAGGCAUCAAUAACUCAGUUUAAUGAAAAUAUCAUGUGCUGAAAUGAUGCAAUGUAAAGAGAAGCUGUUUUUAUUGUCUUGGUGUUAUGAGAAGCUGUUUUUCUUGUCUUAAUGAUUAUUGUUUGCAGCAGUGGUGUAUUCAGGCUGUUAGAGGCGCUGGGGGCACCAUCUGUAUGCCAUGACGCACUGGUGCUCGUAUGUUAUGAAGAACAACAUUUUGAGCAUCAAACACUUAAUUUCCUGCAUCCUGGUGAAGAAUUGUGCAACAAUUUGUGGACGAAGUUCAAUAUUGAAAUAGGAAAACACCAAAAUCACACACAUUGUGAACACACGAUACUUCCUGUAUACAGCUCACAUUUUUCUCAGGCUCACUUGAACAACUUUCGGCUACUUACUGCGGAUGGAUUCAACAUGACGUGUGAUCUGCUCCUCUCUGGUGCUGCUGUUGUUAUGCUAUUGUUAACAGUUGUCUAACUAUUAGUAUAGUUUUUAUAUUAUAAUAUAUAAAAAGAUUAUAUAUUGAUUACCAUUGUAUAACAGUUAUCCAACUGUUAGGCCAAUCAGGAUCAAGUAUUUACUGCAGCCAAGUGAUUAGUAAGAAGGCCGACGUUGAAGAAAUGAUAUGGAUUCAACUGACCAUUUCCAUACUCGAAAACAGAAAGACUUUGUAGAGUAACGUACAAACAUUCACAAACCCUCAAAAAACAACCUAAAAAUAUUCCCUGAUAGAAGAAUUGAUGGAGUGCCUCCUGUUUUGUUUUAUAUACGAUGAAAACACCCAGAGAGCAAUUUCUUUACAUUUUAAACUCCAUAGUUGCAUUUGUUUAGAAUUAAUACACCUUUAGAUCGAGCAGAGGGUACUUUUUUUACAUCUUAUACACCAAAAGAACAAACAGUGAGCACCUCUUUUAUAAUUCCUGCACAGGAAAAGCAUCGCUGGGGCACUUUGUUUACAAUAUUUUCACUGGAAGAGCAUCCAGAAGGCACUUUGUUUACAUGCUUCCCAUUGCAUGGGCAAGAGCUGGUGUAUUAUUUUUUUAUGUUCUCUCAUCGGAAAGGCAUCAAAGAGGGCACUUUUGCAGCAUUUUUAAGAGCACAGGGGGGAGAGGGGGCGCUCCUCUUUCCCUUCUGCUUUUGUAUUGUGUGGCAAGUUUGGAUUGAAUUUUUAUCUUCAGCCUUUGAUAAGUGUGCAGCCUUUUACUAGUAUAAAUGCAUAUACGUAUAUAGACAGGUCUAAGUGCAUUUUGUUAGCACAUUGUUCAAAGAGCUCUUUAUGCUUCCAAGAGCACAAAUUUGAAGAUAUUUACAUCUUCUCGUUUCUCUGUAAUCAUUAGAUUUCAGGUGCUAUGGAUGCAUAUUUUCUUCCUCUAAAUUUAAUCAUGUGUUUUCGCUGCAUUAAUGCAAUUUCUUUUACCUCUGUGUGACCCUUGUUCCCGUUUCUCAUCUUCUCAGGGUGUCUGUGUGAUCUUGGAUUUCAGAACGUCGACCCAUACUGCAAGAUGUCAUCUGAAGAGCUCUUCCACCUCCCGCUCAAUGUCUACAUCAUCGUCCUGGGCAUCGGACUCUUCAUCCUCAUGCUCAGCCUCAUCUUCUGCUGCUACCUGUUCAGGUACAACAAUGAAGCUGUAUCAGAGCUCUUUAUGCAGCAGACUGUUUGAGCCUGAAGCAUAAAAUCGUUCAGUCAGAUUCACUGAAUUAUUUUACUUUAUCUCCUGAGUCUGUCAAAAGGUCAGCCUCAUGCUUGCCCAGAAGUUCCUGCUUUGAAUCUCUAAAAGUUAACUCUUGAAUAUUUAUUUUUCUUUCCUUUUGUCUCGUCCUCCUUAACUUAAGCUUCUUAGCUGGUUCGAGCUGUAGAGAAAGAGAGCAGGAGCUCUGUGCAGUUGCUGUUAUUGAAUACAAUGUCCGAAAUACCGUAACUGGUAUCAAUACUUAAAGCUCAGUUUAAAUAUGAUUGACCUUAAAUUUUGGAGUAAACCUUUCCAGCACAAAAACAUAUAGAUUUUUAUCUGUCAAAAUCAUACAACCAAUUCACUAACUACUGUGAAAUGCACAGCUAAGUGAAACUAGCAGUAAUAUCCUGUUAUUACUUUUUACUAUAGCUAAAAACUUAAAGGGUUAAUUCAGAAUUCUUAAAACGGCAUAUUAUUACUCACAUAUUUUCAGGCCUCUUGCUGCAGGGUGAUUCUUGGGGCAAACACACCUAUUUGUACUCAAAGUGAACAGACUGAAAAUCCUCUUUUCUUUUCUACUGAGCACAAACAGCAGCUUUAAUUCUCACUCAAAAGCAAACAGAAGAAAAUCCUGGUUUGGAAAAAAAAGGAGACCAUGUUUACUGAGGCAAAAAUAAACACUUAGUAUUUUUUUUUUUGUCCUGCGGUGAGUCUGUUGAAAUUGUUUGGUGUCAUUUUGUUUGGUUUUGUCACAAUCAGCCAUUUGAAACUACAGCCAACUGAAGAUACACCGACUUCAUAAUAAUUCUAUCAUUUUUUUAAUGGUUGUGGAUAAUGGAUAACUUCCAAACUCUCUACGGAUUUGACUCUUACAUCAAACUAAACUGAUAUAUUCAUGUAAUCUGUCAAUGCAAGGACCCUUUAUUAUUAUACUAUAACAUGGAAACAUCUGGUGCAUUGUCUGCCAUUUGACAAAUCUCCAAGGUUCAAGUGAAGUCUGCUGUAAGCUCAUACACACAGGUUGUAAUUAUGUCAGCGUCUGCAGCAAACCUGCAGGAUUUCUGGAAAAACCUGCUCCUGUGUGCACCUUAGCGGAGCAUAUAUUCAGCUGCAAAAGAUACAACUGGAAACAGUGGACACAGGUGGAUAUAUGCAUGAAUAUGUCUUGAACAUCGGUAAUUGGCCCUUAAGAGUUAGUCUUACUUUAAUGAGCCACCAAAGGUUAUCUUAAUAUCAAUUUUUAUUAAGUGCAUGUUUUGUUUUACUCAAAUUUGUACAAUUUUAAGACUGCGGUCCAUGGUGAACGAGCACUUAUGCAUUCUUCACGAAAUAAACCAACGAUCUAAAAGGCAAAACAAACUAUACAAGCAAACAAAAAAACCCCGUCAAAGGCGGUCAUAGAGCAGGAUACAAAUGUAGAGAUCUAUCUGUGGAGACCAAGUCUAAAGAGAGCAAAAUGAUCCCUGGAUUUAAGUAUAGGGUGUUUUUUAGUCAGUCUUCAUUUUCCUAACUGCUCCAUGCUUUUGAGCUCCUUUACUUCAAGAGGUUUUUCUUUCUGAAUCACACUAUUCUAUUUUAUGAAAUCUAAGGGAUUAGUUCUUACCACCCUUUUAUAAUGUGCUUUAAGGCUACAUAAUAUCCUGCAUAACUUUGCUCUCCUCCAGUGUCAAACAAUGAAUGAAAUAGAUGCAACUGCUUGUUUUGGCAUGUUUGUUCUUUGGGACAGCCAUCCAGUAAAGACCACUCAGCCUUCCUCUGAACCGACCAAACCUCUUAAAGCAUCAGUUAUCUUAAAACUUGGUUUUUCUGAUCAGACUACACCCCCAUGAUCUGUGUGAGGAAAUAUCCUCUCAGUCAUCAGAGAUCUCAGACAAUGGCACGUUCGACAGAGUGUUUCAGCUCGUCUCGUGCUGAGCGUACUUUCACAGGCUCUUACUUGACUCUGGCAUUGUGUGGAUUCCUGGGCUGUUUGAAUCUCAGCUGAUUCAUGCAGCAUGACAGGACCUGUCCCAAACAAGACAGAUAUGGAGCCACCGAGCUGGCAGUACAAAUUUUAUAACAUAAAUCACAGCAGCAUGAUUAGUUUGCUUUUUUUUUGUGCUUUCAGACUGAGGCGACAAGGCACCAGAGAGCAGUACGGAUACAAUGAGGUAAUGUGUACAUUUUAAAUUACAGUGUCUUUUUAUCCAGACUGAGUUCAUCUAUUUUUUUGACGCACAUUAAGACAAGCUUUUUCUCAUCAACAGGUUGUUUUGAAAGGAGCGGGGAAGAAGCUGAGCCUCCUUGGAGUAAGUUGAACAGUUAAAUGUGAAAAGAUGAGCUAUGAUGGUCGAGGGUUACUGCAAUCAAUCAAUCAAUCAAUCAAUCAAUCAGUAACGCUUUAUUUGUAUAGCACCUUUCAUGUAGACAAAAUGUAGUUCAAAGACCUUUACAGUGAUCGAAAACAUGAAAAAAAGGUGAGAAAACACAGAGUAUAUAAACAUAGUCAUAGGUUUACAGGAAGAGACUAAUGCACACCAACAGCAAUAAAACAGAAGUAAAACAAUAAUAAAGUUGAAAUAAAAAGAAGUUUAAAAUAGAUAAAAGCAUUAAGAUAGUGUUAAAAGUAAGUAGUAAUAAAAUGAGGAUAGUUAAAUAUAAAUAAAUACUAAAACAACAUCAGUAGUUCUCUGAUUCACGGCUUUUCUGCACAUAUUUUUGCACAAGUUCAGCAAAUAACGAACAAUGACUCAAACAUGACCGACAGACAUUCAUUUUACUGAGUGCCAAAACAAAAAUACAUGACAUAUUUAUCGGUAAGAAGAACAUAAAAAUUUGAGUAUACUCCAUCUAUCUAUGUGCUAAACAGAUGGCAGGUCAAAGGUCACUCAGCUUAUGAUCUAAAUUGACAUAGUCUUUGAGGUGGUCUCAGGGAGGUUAAGCAGGUACCUUAUUGGAAAUGCAGAAUUAAGCUGAUUUUUAGCAAACCUUCUGAGAGCGACAGAGGUGCUGGGUUGGGCCUUCAGCUUCAAACAGCGACAGUAUGCCCAUCUGUCAGUCAGUCAGCCAUGUCCCCAUGCAAAUACAUGUUUAACUUCUAGGUUUUACCUUUGAGGAAUAGUUGUGUUUGAAAAAAUCAAUGCCUGUGUAGUAGCAACAAAAGAGAUAAACAGUCUAAAACUUUAUCUUUUAACCAUAAUUCUCAUUUCUGCUGUAAAAAUGGGCGUCUUGCCAUAGAGGCAAAUAAAGGGGGGUUUAUUAGCCAGCCUCCAUUAAACACUUGUUGUUUUUUUUUACCUCUGCAUUGGAGCCAUUUUUUUAGCACCAGAAGCUGCAGCUUGGUUCAUAUUGAUGAAUUAAUUAAAUAUUCACAUCUUACUCUGACUGUACUCCAAAAUCAUCACAAGAAUACAACAGAAAGUAAAAGUUAACAACAGGCAUUGUUUUUCUUUUCUUCACAUCAGUCAGCAUUAAUCUCAGAUGGACUUACUAGAAUUUAAGGGUUAUUGCUUUCCUUUAACUAGACUAACAGCCAAAGCAGGAUAUUCCAUAGACUUAUAGAAACUGACUGAACAGUGAUUUUGACUUUUGUUUCGGUCUUGUGGUUAAAUUUCAAAAGUCUGCUGACUGAAAAUCGUUAAAGUCACUGGCCUGUGUUUCCUUCUUUUCAGCAAACGUGUGCAGUGUGUUUAGAAGAGUUUCGCAGCAGGGACGAGCUCGGAGUUUGUCCAUGUUCACACGCUUUUCACAAAAAGUAAGUUUUACUGCAUGGAUUGAUUAUCAUCUAUCUGCUGUCUGUGCAUCUCAAUUGAAUGGAAAGAUUUUUCGAUGUGAUUUUGGUCUCUGCAGGUCCUUUUGAAAAAUGAAGUGUAAAACGUUUUAACAUAGUGACCUUUUUCUUUUUUCACUCAAUGUUUAAGGAGCCUAUUAAACAGCUCUUUAAAAUGACUAAAAAUAAAUAAAUGAAUAAUGAAGUGUGCCAAUCAGGCUUAGUCUGAGCCAUAAUCUACACCAUACUCACCUGAAAAACUUUGAAAAAUGCAGUAGUUCAAGAUAUUAAGCAAGCCUAUCUUCUUAUUCCCUCCAGCGUAGUGCUUUUUGGCCACACCCCCUGAAUUUUCAAAAUAAAAGUUCUUGUGCAUCGAUUGUUGUUGAAUUAAACAGUUACCGCAAUCAUGCUAAUGAAUCAAAACAAGAUUUCUUUAAACUGGAUAAGUCAGUUUGCUGCGAUCCGUUUUAAAAUGUUUAAACUCCUUUCUAGCUGUAUAUUUAAUUUGUAGAAGUCGGUGUAGUUUUCUUGUGGUUUACACCUUUUUUGUGCAUAAGGCCUGGUGAAUGGGAAAGUCAAAAUUAGCCGCUGAUGUAGUUUGAAAUAGAAGAAGCCCUAAUCGGUAACACUAACAUCUGAAAAUCUACAAAUUUUCUAGUUUUUAAAUGGAUUGCAGAAAACUUGCUCACCAAAACGCCUGUGACUCCAUCUUUAAAAUAUUUUGUGAAUUUGUACGUUUGACCCUGUGAACUUACUUUUGCAACACCCAGGUAUGAGACGAGCGGACAUGAGAUGGGAGGCUCCAAGGCUUCAGCUGUACCCAACUCAAAAUAAGACCUGAACUGCUUGUAAUGAGUAAAAAGAGAUAAAUAAAAAGCCUUGAAAAGUUUUUUUUCUUAUUUGAUUAGCAGAUUCUUUAUAAUUAUGACAAGCCACUCAGGUUCUAUAAUUAGUUUAUUAUAUUUUACAAGAAAUAAGACGACAAACUCACUAAGAUUCAAGGUUCUUGCAGAGACUUUUUGAUAUGGCAUCUGUGUUAUCACAGCCUUUCUGUACUUGCCAUCUUCAGACAUUACACCCUGUGGCUGACUGCAGUUGUUUGAUGUCUUUGAUAACAACUCCUUCAACAGAAAGAUCUUGUCAGAGCUCUGCCUUGCUCGUUCCUGAACUUGUCCCACUGUCAUGCAACUUUGCUGCAGUGACCCUGUCUCCUCAUCCUUCAUUUCCCUGGCAUGCAAUGGCUGAAUUUUGUCAUGCAGAUUAGCACUAACACCACAAACACAGAUAAACCCUGAAAAUUUGACAAUCCCACUUUUUUGGCAUUAUUUCAAGACAAAACCCUGUCCAAUAUCCAGGUCAGUACUUGUAUUAAACUCGUAAAGGUUGCACAAGAUUGAACAUUUGACUUAUUUGCAAAAACACCCCACUGUUUCUACAAGUUAAAGUCAAAUGAAAAGCCAUUUGUCAGCUGUUUUUAUAAAUUUGUUUUCAUGCAAUCAAGCUGAUUUUAUUGAUUCAUGUUUUAAUGUUUAAGAACAGCCUGAGUGUCUGCAGCUCCGUGGUUAGUGGCUCCAAACACCUCCCUCCAAAAGCCACAAGAACAUAAUCCUGGCCUUGAUGUCUUCAUAUUUCGACUUCUCCAUGAGCCAAAAUGUUGACUAACCAGCCCAGAGGAAUGAGUCAUAAAUUCCUCCUCGUGAUUGAUUCCUGCCUCUGAGUUCACAGCUGGAGCAAACAGAGAAAAAGUGAAUUUUAGAGAAGUUGAGCAACUUUUUUGCUGAGAAGGAUGAGUAAAUUCCUGAUGACAUAUAUGUCUUUGCAUGUGUGAACAUGAGAAUGCUUUCAGCAGCUGAGACCUGGUUUACCCUGCAGCGAAGGUGUGAUAUUAACAACAAAGCUUUUGGACCGGUUUGUCUUCCUCACUCUCUCUGUUGGAGCUUCUGUAUCCUGAUUCCUGAAGUUUCAGCAGAGACCCGCUUGCAUAAGUGAGUUUACAGUGUCCUACUUCCAAAUGAUAAAACAACUCAUUUGUCUCUGUGUUUUUUUUCCCCCUAGGUGUCUGCUUAAGUGGUUAGAGAUCCGCAGCGUCUGCCCCAUGUGCAACAAACCCAUAUGUCGCCUCCAGCCUGACCCCCCACAAGCACCUGAGCGGCCACAGAGUCUCCUGGAGGUCUGA